AUGCCCGCUGGAUCCUCGCCAGUUUCCACCGGCAAGCGGAAACGUGCAGGAAUUGCGUGUGACUUCUGCCGCCAGAGAAAGUUGGGAUGCGAUAAUGUAAAACCAGCGUGCGAGAACUGUAGAUUCCACGGCAAAACCUGUACUUAUUCGGAACGCGUGAAGAAGGUUAGGCCGACCAAUGUGCAAAUCCGGCAGUUGGAAGAAGAGAAUGAGGAGCUUAAGAUAUCCCUAUCAAAGCUCAGUUCGCAAGUGAAACCCACUGCGGACCAAAUGCAAAAUGCUCGGAAUUAUCAGGAGGAAACCAUGACUGAUGAUGGCAUCGAGGGUGUACAGCAUCUGCCCGAUACUCCGGUAUCUGCCUCGGCAAAUCAACAGCCGCCCUAUUUGUCGACUGGUGACCGUGAAGUCCAUUUUCACGGCCCUUCUAGUGCUAUGUUUGACGAGUCAUACCAUCAGAUCACCAAUAGUUCAAACCCGGGGGCAACUGCUGACCGUUCAAAGAGUUUCCAACUGCUUGGUGCCUGUAUCAAACAGCGUCAAAUGGAGCCCAUCGAUCUAGCUGCGAACCGACUCGAUUUUGACGGCGUAGACCCCGAUUUAGGAAUGCAUCUUUUAUCGGUCUUCUGGAAUAGACAGCAUGCUAUGGGAUCACUAGUUUAUCGGCCGGCAUUCAUGCGUGACAUGGCUUGUAAUGGACCUUAUUUCUCAAAGAUACUACUGAACGCUAUAUAUUUUGCCGCUGCUAAAAAUUCGACUCGAGCUGAAUUUCGUUGUGCAAGGAUCGCCGUUACCAACGAUGAUGACAAUCUUGAGCUUCCCGCCGUAGUAUCCCCUUUUAGACGCAGAGCUGAAGAAUUGUUGGCAUCACCGGUUCGUGCUGGGGUGCCAGUUCCAGUAUCGAUGAAAAGUGAAAUCACGACAAUCCAAGCCCUGUUGGUCAUGUCAGAUGCCCUCUUUACGUGGUGCGAUGAACGCAGCCUUUCCUGGCUCUAUUCUGGGCUUGCCAUCAACAUGAUUGUCGAUCUCGGUAUUCACACGGAUAGACAGACUUCCGCUAUGAAAAAGGAUUUCCCCCCGGAGCAUUUAGAGGUUCGCCGCAGGUUAUUUUGGGCUGCAUUUGUCCAAGAUAAGGUCCAGGCACUUUACCAAGGCCGCCCUGCUCGUUUGCGCUGGUCCGAUGUCAAUGUACCCAUUUCUUUCUUGGAUGAUUAUGAAGAACUGGAACAAUUUAGUGCGCUCUCCUACUCAGCAGUUGAUGUCCCGACAGGUUUCUCCACGCGAAGCGUCUCUAUAUUCGAGCAACUAUGCAAAUUGUCGAUUAUAAUGGAUAAGAUACUCUCCAGUAUAUACGGAGAGAAUUUCGGGGAGAAAAAUGUUACUACUCUUCUCAGUAUAGCACAGUCUCUCCAUAGUGAGCUCGAGCAUUGGCGCAAGGGGCUCCCAGAACAUCUCGACAUGAACAUGAGCAAUUCCAAGGUGUCGUCUUCUUUGACACCUCAUGCUCUAUCUUUAAUGUCCAUGUUUCAUUCCCUUGUGAUAUUAUUACACCGUCCAUUUGUAUCUGACGGACAUAUACGCGGUACCUCGGCGUCUGUAAUUCGCGAUGCUUUCACCACAUGCGCCGCUGCUGCUUCGGCAAUUGACGGCAUACUGCGUGUCUUUUUGCAACAGUUUUGCAUCACCACGGUGCCUUAUUUCAUGUCUUAUGCAACCUACGUGAGCGGGACUAUCCAUGUCCGAAUUGCCGCGCAGAAUGGACAAGGCUCCGAGGCACAUCAGAGUCUUCAAAAUUGUCUAAAUGUUUUAUCUGAACAACAAGGCGUGUGUCGUGCACCCCGCAGGGCAAGACAGAUUCUUCUUCGCUUGGCUCGACGAUUAAACGUUAGCAUAAGUGAGAAGGUCGGUGUUGCUUCUACUGCCGGAGGAGCCAAGCAAAAUGAAACCGAAAACAAUGGAAGCGACGUAUCUACUAUAACAACAGGUCCAGGGGCGGGUAUUAACACGCCGAUCAGCGCUACGCAGGACCUUGACCAUAUAAUUGCUACUUCUCAAAGCGAUUUCGAUCUUAUGAUGUCUGAACUGGAUAUUGAUGCCAUUAUCCAAAGCUUCGAUUUUGAGCAGACAAUCAAUGCCGAACAGGUGGAUCAGCUUGCAGCUGGUUCUGUAUCCAAGGCGGACAGUAAUAUUAAUUUAAACAUUCAAGAUAAUCUGCCAUCAGCCGGCGAGGCUAACACUGACAAUUACUGGUCAUAUCAGGACCCAUUGUUUGGUUAUGACUCUUUUCUUAUGGAUGACACCUUGAUUUUCUAG